AUGUCUAUAACGAGCGAGGAACUAAAUUACCUGAUUUGGAGGUAUUUACAGGAGGCUGGUCAUGAGGUUAGCGCCCUUGCCUUGCAAGAAGAGACCCGUCUACUUGAGUUCGAUGAAAUGUUCAAAGAGCAUAUUCCAAUAGGAACACUGGUGAACCUGGUGCAAAAGGGUAUAUUAUAUACUGAAAGUGAGCUAUUGGUACGUUAUGAUGGUGAAGUUGCACCUGUUGAUAAGGAGCAUUAUGAGAAGGAUUUCACCUUGGUACAGGCUUUAGAGGUUGAUAAGCAAAGAUUUCCUGAACUGGUUGCUAGUGGGAGGUUUGCUUUGGCUCGUGAUAGUGAGGAAAAUAAGGAACAUGAGGUCAAGGCCGAAGAUGAGCAAAAGGAAGGCGAAGAUUCGUUUAUUAAAACAUUACAAUGCAUACAAACAUUUCCACCUGGGUUUGUAUCUCAAUGGAACCCCAAAAAUCCCUCCAUGUUUGCGUGGGGGCAAAAGGAUUCUUCUGCUGCGGUUGUACUGUACAGAGAGGACCAAGGAACCUGGGAUAUACAAGAGAAGUUUAUUUUGACGCAUCCUACCACAUCUGAUAAGCCUAACGAAGUCACAUGUAUGGAAUGGUCGCCCAGCGGAGAAAGCCUUCUAACUGGCGUGGAAAAUGGUGAAUUAAGGCUUUGGUCAGCUCAAGGCAAGCUGCAAAAUAUUCUCAGUUACCAUAUGGCACCUGUAGUCUGUAUUAAAUGGAAUCCGGAUCAGACACAUGUGCUGACAUGCGAUGUAGAUAACGUCACUAUUGUAUGGAAUGCAUUAUCGGGCACAGCUCUUCAGCGCUUCAACUUUAAAGAAGCAGAUAUGAGUGAAUCCUUGGGCGUAGACAUAACGUGGAUUGAUCAGGACAAGUUUGCUAUACCGGGACUCCAGGGCUCGAUUAUGAUUUUCAAUAUCGGUGUGAAUAAGCCAAUGGGCAAGCUGAUGGGACAUACCAAAACACUGACAACGCUGUCGUACAAUGAAAGUAACAAGCUGCUUUUGAGUGCAUCCGAUGACCUUACGCUACGCGUUUGGCGGGGGGGCAACAUUAACUCCGCUCAUGUAUUUUAUGGCCAUUCGCAAUCAAUUACCUACGCACAGUGGGUUAACGACGACAUCAUUAUAUCAACCUCCAUGGAUAGCACAGUAUGUCUAUGGUCUUUGAAAUGCAACACCGCAAUUGCAACAGCUACUAUAUCUGGACUGCCAAAUUUCACGGGAUUGCUAUCUCCAGAUAAGACCAAGUUUGCAGUUGGAACGAUGGAUGGAGAAGUUAUGGUGUAUGAUGUAGAAAAACUGCUACUGAAAUUAGAAGAAAUGGGCGGAAGCACAAAAGUUGCUCAUAACCCUCUUUCAAUACCUGUACUAGGUGAUUACCAAUCAAGCAAUGAGGGAAGCUAUGUUGUUCAUUUGUGUUGGAACCAGGAGAGUGAUGAGUUAAGUGUAUCUUAUUCUUUAGACAAGGUAGUUGUAUUAUCAGUGCGAUAA